GGUCAAAGGUUGCAUGCAAAAUGGCUGCGUGCUACGGUGGAAAGAGCGUUAAAGUCUAAUAGGUGCAAGUUAAGAGUGAAAGGAGCCAAGUGUCAAGUGCAGUAGAAAACGUCGACACGCUGCUUUUUAAUUAAUGCACAAUGCAUAGCUAUAUAUAAUUUAUAUUUUUUAUGCAUAGAAAUGCAUUAUUAUCCAUGCAAUUUUAUACGUGAAGCUAGCUUAGCUAGCUAGCCAACAACCAUGCAUGUAGGAGUUACCAGCUAGAGCUGGCUAUAUAACACUAGCGCUUAUCUGGAUUUUAAUUUAAUUUGUCGUUAGUGUACACGUAGCUAAUACUAUCCAGUAGCUUUGCCACUUGUGAGCGCUUGCUAGCAAUGUAAUGUUAGCAGGCUGGCUCGCUAUCCAGCGAGUAAGUCUACGUCAGUGAGUUAGAAUUUGGAAAACAAAGCAGUCAUUAUUUGAACGUAUUUUCUCGUGAUUUCAAAAAAUCCGAACGGACAAAGUGCACAUUCCGUUGUACACUGACAUUCUUAUGAACCGCAAGCAUGAACCGAAAGAAAGACAAGGGAUUUGAAAGUCCUCGUCCUUACAAAUUAACCCAUCAGGUGGUCUGUAUAAACAACAUUAACUUUCAGAGAAGAUCUGUGAUUGGAUAUGUGGAGCUGACUAUUUUCCCAACGGUGGUGAACCUUAACCGCAUCAAACUCAACAGCAAGCAGUGCAGAAUAUACAGGGUUCGAGUCAAUGAAUUGGAGGCCCCAUUCAUUUACAAUGACCCUACACUGGAAGUUUGUCACCAUGAGUCCAAGCAGAGAAACCUUAAUUACUUCUCAAGUGCAUACACAGCGGCCGUUAGCGCCGUGGACCCUGAUGCCGGGAAUGGCGAACUAUGCAUCAAGGUUCCCUCAGAGCUAUGGAAACAAGGAGACGAAAUGAAGGUGCUGAAGGUGUAUAUUGAAUUCUCCCUGGACCAGCCUAAAGGGGGUCUGCACUUCGUGGUGCCAGAUGUGGAGGGCAGUAUGGCUGAGAGAGGAGCCCACGUCUUCUCUUUUGGAUACCAGAAUUCCACACGGUUCUGGUUCCCCUGUGUGGAUUCAUACUCUGAGCUGUGUACCUGGAAGUUGGAGUUUACUGUGGAUGCUGCCAUGGUGGCAGUAUCUUGUGGGGACCUGGUGGAGACGGUCUACACCCAUGAUAUGCGGAAGAAAACCUUCCAUUACAUGCUGCCUAUCCCCACUGCGGCCCCCAACAUCUCCCUGGCUGUGGGGCCCUUUGAGAUCUUGGUGGACCCCUACAUGCAUGAGGUUACACACUUCUGCCUACCUCAGCUGCUGCCCUUGCUGAAGCACUCCAUGUCCUACUUGCAUGAGAUCUUUGAGUUCUAUGAGGAGAUCCUCACCUGCCGCUAUCCAUACUCCUGCUUCAAGACUGUCUUUGUGGAUGAGGCCUAUGUCCAAGUGUCAUCCUAUGCGUCUAUGAGCAUUUUCAGUACAAAUCUCCUGCACAGCGGCAUGAUUAUAGACCAGACUCCCCUGACCAGACGCUGCUUGGCUCAAGCCUUGGCCCAGCAAUUUUUUGGCUGCUUCAUAUCCCGAAUGUCCUGGUCUGAUGAAUGGGUGCUGAAAGGGAUCUCGGGGUACAUUUACGGGCUGUACCUGAAGAAGACAUUUGGAGUGAAUGAAUACCGUCACUGGAUCAAAGAGGAGCUGGACAAGAUAGUGGAGUAUGAGCUGAAGACAGGGGGCGUUCUCCUUCAUCCUACCUUCUGUGGUACUAAAGAAAAAGACAACCCCACACCUCACCUGCACUUCUCCAUCAAACACCCCCACACGCUGUCCUGGGAGUACUACAAGAUGUUCCAGUGCAAGGCCCACCUAGUAAUGAGGCUGAUCGAGAACCGGAUCAGUAUGGAGUUCAUGCUACAGGUGUUCAACAAGCUAUUGAGCCUGGCCAGCACUGCUUCGUCUCAGAAGUACCAGUCACACAUGUGGAGCCAGAUGCUGGUGUCCACCUCUGGCUUCCUGAAGUCUAUCUCCAACGUGUCAGGCAAGGACAUCGGGCCCCUCAUCAAGCAAUGGGUAGACCAGAGCGGGGUGGUGAAGUUCUUUGGCAGUUUCGCCUUCAACAGGAAGCGUAAUGUACUGGAGCUGGAAAUCCGCCAGGAUUACACGUCCUCGGGGACUCAGAAAUACGUGGGCCCGAUUAAGGUGACAGUCCAGGAACUUGACGGGUCUUUCAACCACACUUUGCAAAUCGAAGAGAACAGUCUCAAACAUGACAUCCCAUGCCAUUCAAAAAGUAGACGAAACAAAAAGAAGAAAAUUCCUCUGAUGAAUGGAGAGGAGGUGGACAUGGACCUAUCUGCAAUGGAAGUGCAGGGCUAUAGAGGCAGAAACAGGGCCAGGAGUUCUCAGUCUAAGCUAGGGCGAGCGUCAAGGACUGUACGUGCCGACUCUCCAUUACUGUGGAUUCGGAUUGACCCGGACAUGUCCAUCCUGCGCAAGGUGGAGUUUGAGCAGGCAGACUUCAUGUGGCAGUACCAGCUGCGCUAUGAGCGGGACGUAGUGGCCCAGGAGGAGGCCAUCUCUGCCUUGGAGAAGUUCCCCACGCCCGCCUCCCGCCUGGCGCUUACUGACAUCCUGGAGCAGGAGCAGUGCUUCUAUAAAGUGCGCAUGCAGGCCUGCUUCUGUCUGGCCAAGAUUGCAAACUCCAUGGUGAACACGUGGACAGGUCCCCCUGCCAUGAAGAUCCUAUUCACCAGGAUGUUUUGCUGUAAGAGCUGCCCCAACAUUGUCAAGACCAACAACUUCAUCAGCUUUCAGAGCUACUUCCUGCAGAAGACCAUGCCAGUUGCCAUGGCAUUGCUCCGAGAUGUGCAGAACCUCUGUCCAAAAGACGUCCUAAACUUCAUUUUGGACCUUAUCAAGUACAAUGACAACAGGAAGAACAAGUUCUCGGACAAUUACUACCGCGCUGAGCUGAUCGACGCGUUGACCAACUCUCUGACCCCAGCAAUCAGCAUCAGCAGUGAGAUUCGCACAGUGGACAACCUGAAUGCAGAUGUGCGCCUCAUUCUGGAGGAGAUCACCCGCUUCCUCAACAUGGAGAAGUUACUUCCAAGCUAUAGGAAUACCAUCACGGUCAGUUGCCUGAGAGCCAUCCGUAUGCUGCAGAAAACCGGCCACAUCCCUAGUGACCCUUCGCUGUUCAAGUCCUAUGCGGAGUACGGUCACUUUGUGGACGUACGCAUCGCCGCGCUUGAGGCUGUCGUGGAUUACACACGAGUUGACAGGAGUUCUGGGGAACUGCAGUGGCUGCUCAACCUGGUCCAGAAUGACCCAGCGCACUACAUCAGGCACAAGAUUUUAAGCAUGCUGGGUAAAAACCCACCCUUCACCAAAGCCACGGAAUCCUCCCUCUGCAGCGAAGCUCUGGUAGACCAGUUGUGGAAGCUGAUGAACUCAGGUACCUCUCAUGACUGGCGGCUGCGCUGUGAUGCGGUAAACCUGUACUACACCCUGUUCGGCCUCACCCGGCCCUCCUGCCUCCCCCUGCCCGAGCUGGGCUUGGUGCUCAACCUCAAGGAGAAGAAGGCUGUCCUCAACCCCACCAUAAAACCUGAAGCAGGCGCUGGCGCCGUGGAGACGGGCACACCGGCAAACUUCCACACCCCUGCCAUGGGCUUCCCAAGCAGUAUAGAGGAGGAGCACAUGGCAAUUGAGCCGCCCCCAAGUGCUACGGCUCCGCCCCCACAGGGGUCGAAGAGGAAGGCGGAAACCCCCCUGGGGUCCCCACCAGAGCCUGGACAGGUACUGCAGGACGAGGGCCGCAGAAGAGACAAACUGCAGAUCAGAUUCAAUCCGCAAGAGGAGGAAGAUAUUGACAUGGACACAGUUCAUGACAGCCAAGCCUUCAUUUAUCACCAUCUCAACAUGCUGGAGAGACCAUCUACACCAGGUAAAGAACCGCCAUCUCUGGAGCAGGCUAUUCUAUCCAUGCCAGCGACACCCCUGCCAGUAUUCAGCAAGGAGAGUAAUUCUUCCUCCAAGCACAGUGACCACCACCACCAUCACCACCACCAUCAUGAACACAAGAAGAAGAAGAAGAAACAUAAGCACAAGCAUAAGCACAAGCAUAAGCAUGACAGCAAGGACAAGGACAAGGACAAGGAUAGGGACACCCACGGAGCAAUCAACAGCCCCGCUAGUGGCCGGUCCCUACGCUCACCCUCCCUCUCCGACUGAGGCCCAAGAGUACCAAACAUCACCCUCAAACACCUUGCUGUGCCCCUUGACCGCUUCCCAAAGCCCUCUCUUUCCCAGCCGCUGAAAGAUGGCCUUUUCCCGCCAUGUAUCCUCAAAUUUAGGGCCAUUUGGUCCCACAUCAUGCAGCACCAUGGACCACUAAGGCUUAACUGCCAUCUUGGUUGAUAAAUGACAAUUUAGAGUUUUUUUGUUAUACAAUUUUUGGCAUUGGUCUAAUCACACUCUUUUGAAUAUCAGCAUCACUGGUUUCUCUGGGCUUUCAUAAGGCCAGAGUAAUUGCAGUAAGCCAACUAAAUUGAGGGCUUACAUUUUAAGGGUGAAGGAAAAUGAAAAGUAGCGUCCACAAGAAAAAUGUUGAUCAUCUUGGCCUCUGUCCACAUCACUCUGUAAAAUUCCCAAAUAUUAUGGUUGUUGUAUUCAUGUUUUUAAAUCUGAAAUCUGAAGUUUCUGUCAGUGUAAUGGACCUAAAUUGUAUUGUAAUAUAUGCAUUCAGUUAUAUUUUAUGUUCAGGCCUUGAACUUAAGACUAUUGCUAUAUUGUUAACUUUAUUUUUCUGUACAUCCAAGAUGAUUUCGGUCAUAGGCUGGGCUGAUUGAUAUAGCACACAAACAUACUGUACAAUUUCCACUCGAGCCUUAACACAUUAUGUAUUUUGUGAGUUUCCAACCAUGCUUGAUUUUGUCCCACGUAUAUAACUUUUUUCUGUUUUUAGCAUUGUCGUUAACAUUGUUAACAGGCUCGCUUGGUUGCUGUUAUUUCUUUAUUGAGUAGAUUUUUUUUUUUUGUAUUUCCCAUUUUACUGUCAUGAUAGAAUAAUAGCCACAUUAAACAUGGCAAUUUAACGUAUUUUUGUGUAUUUUGCCAUGAAUAUAUCUUUUAUGUAUUCCUGAUUAAUAAAGUGUUUUAUAGAUUA